CCGUUUACACGGGUCAAGAGAGGAGGAGGAGGGACCGGCCUUUCUCCUCCUCCCCCUCCGGCAGACCCCGAGCCGGAAGGAGACAAGGGCUCCUCCCCCCACCACCACCUUUGCACCGAGGGGCAGGAAAGGCGGCGGCUCCACACGGGGCACCGGCAGCAUUGCACAGGGACGGCGGCUGGAAGAGCCCCUUCCCCAAGAUGGCAUUGACACAGCUGCGCGUGGCCGUGAUCGGGGCGGGGGCAGCCGGGCUGUGUGCUGCCCGCCACAUCCUCGCCUCCCCUGAGACGUUUGCUCCUCCGGUGGUGUUUGAGGCCUCUGGCUGCCUGGGAGGCACCUGGGUCUACACUGAGGAAAGCGGGGAAGAUGCGGAGGGGCGGCCAGUUCACUCCAGCAUGUACCGUGACCUCAGGACCAAUCUGCCCAAGGAAGUGAUGGCCUUUCCUGAUUUCCCCUUUGACCCAUUGCUGCCUUCUUUCCUGCAUCACUCGGAUGUGCUGGCCUACCUGGAAAGCUACGCAGAGCACUUUGGAGUCCAGGACCACCUCCGGCUUCAGUGGGAAGUGGAGGAUGUCAAGCCUCUGCAGAGAAGUGAGGGCGCCCCUGGCGGCUGGGAUGUCACAGCCACACGGCAGCAGGGACCAGAAUCAAUGCGGCAAGUGACGGAGCACUUUGAUGCCAUCAUGGUUUGUACUGGCCAUUAUGCAACCCCAUAUAUACCACCCAUCCCUGGCCUGGACAGUUUCCAAGGCCGCCUCCUCCACAGCCACUCUUACCGCCACCCAGAGCCCUUUGCUGGCCUGACAGUGCUGCUGCUAGGCGCCGGCCCCUCGGGAGUGGACCUGGCCCUGCAGCUGCGUGCUGUGGCUGCUCGAGUGCUGCUGAGCCAUCGGGGGCCGCCUGUCUGCGGGCUGCCGGAGGAUGUGAUGCAGGUGCCCCCGCUCUUGGAGGCGGGAAGGGAGAUGCUGGUGCUGAGGGACGGCUCAGUGCUGCGGACAGAUGCCGUGAUCCUCUGCACCGGCUACCGCUACCGGUUCCCUUUCCUGGACUUGGCCCAACUGGGCCUGCAAGAGACGGACUACGGGGUCGGGCCCCUGUACCGGCACUUGCUGCCGCCGCAACACCCCUCGCUGGUCCUGAUCGGCCUCUGCCAGCAGAUCUGCCCCUUCCCCCACUUCCACUGCCAGGUGCUCUACGCGCUUGCGGUGCUGGGGGGGCGCUGCCCUCUCCCCGCUGCAGCCAAGAUGGAGGCCGAUGCCCAGGCUGAGCUGGCACGGCACCUGCAGGAGGGGGGCCUGGCCCGGCACUUCAUGACCCUCCAUGCCCAGCAGUGGAGCUAUGCGGAGCAGCUCGCCCACCUUGCAGGCUUCCCUGCCUUGCCCCCUGCAGUCCGAGAGGUCUACGAAGCAGUGCGUGCCAGCCGCGCCCAUGACGUCAGCACUUACCGUGCCAGGAACUACCGGCUGUUGGGUCCUGAUGCCUGGGAGUUGGUGCGGGACUCCAGCAAGGACUGGGCAAAGGAUGGAGAUACAGAAUGAAGGCCUGUGGCCCUUACAGUUGGGGCUUCCCUCCUCUGUGUAUCGGGAUGGGACCCCUUUGUGGAUUCUUUCCAAAGCUCCAGCUGCAAUGAGAAAGCAACAUGGGCCUCUGAGGUCAUCUCUGGGGCUGCAGCAUGGGUGAGAGUUUGAAGCAGACCACAAAGACAUCGGCUGAAUCUAAUCAACAGGGACAGGAGUCUGGCCAGUGGUCAAGUGAGCAUCAGAACCCAGGUCACCCCACUCCUAGCACAACACGAUUAUGUGAUUCUGUCUGGCCUAAUCGGUACAAUAGUUAACUGCUUGUAGCAACUCUGAGAACCCUUGUUCAAGCUGGAAGAACUUUGGAGCGCAGUAGCCAUGCUGGGUCAGACCACAGUCUGACCUAGUUCAGAAUCCUCUUUCCAGCAGUGGCCUGACAGGUGUCUGCAGGAAACUCCACAAGUAGGGCAGGAAGGCAACAACCUUUCCCUGCCAUUUGAUACUCCCCGGGGAUACAGAGAAGCUGCUGCUGUUCAGUGGUAGACUGCCUCUGAACAUGGAAGUUCCACAUAGUCACUGUGACUAAUAGCUAUUGAAAGUCCUCCUGCUCUCUCCCAUGAAUGUAUUGAAUCCCCUUUUAAAGCCAUCUAAACCAGUGGCCAUCACCACAUCUUCUUGUAGGGAGGUCCACAGGUUAGCCUAUACAUUGUGUGAAGAAGGACUACCUUUUAUCUGGAAGACACACCCAAAGUUGUAGUAUUUGGAGAGAGGGAGGAAAGCUCCCCUAUGUCAAUGGAGGCCUGGUCUGCAACCUCUUUUUCAAAGGCUCACAAAGGAAGCCGCAGCAGUAGUCCUAUGAGGGAGGCUGGGCCCAGCGCACGGGAGCCUUAUGCAUCCUGGGUGGUGCCAUUAGGGCCUGCCUGCCUUGUCCUCUCGGUGAUACUCAUCUCUGAUGGGGUGGGGAUGGGGAACUCCCAUUAGUGCCUUGAGCGUAAGAAUCACAACGUUCUCGCCAUGUCAGAAGAAUAAAGAAGAAAGUCACGUG